GGCUGCCAUUGGUUGUUUCCGGUGAUCGAAAUGUCAGACGACGUGGCCGACGGAGAUGUGGUGAUCUGUGUAAUUAAUGCGGCUGCUAUCAUUCGGAACUUUCAACAUGUUAUUAUAAUACAUUCGUGGUCUCGGUGAAGACGAGUUGGGUUAUCAAUCGUUUUAUUCAACGAUCAUUUCGCUCACGCAAACAUGGGUCUCUGCAAGUGUCCGAAGAGAAGAGUAACGAAUCAAUUUUGUUUUGAGCAUCGUGUUAAUGUAUGCGAACAUUGCAUGGUGACGAGCCAUCCGAAGUGUAUAGUACAAUCGUAUCUGUUAUGGCUUCACGAUAACGACUAUAAUCCAAUCUGUACACUGUGUUCUGGUCAAUUGAGCGAUGGAGACUGUGUAAGACUGACGUGUUAUCAUAUGUAUCAUUGGGCAUGUUUGGAUCAGUAUGCUAGAAAUUUGCCAGCAACAACAGCACCGGCAGGAUAUACCUGUCCUGUGUGUAGACUGUGUAUCUUUCCACAACCCAAGUUGGUAUCACCAGUUGCCGACGUACUGAGGGAGAAAUUAGCCGCAGUCAAUUGGGCCCGUGCUGGUCUUGGUUUGCCGCUGCUAAGCGAUGACAGGGAACAAAAGCCGGAGAAAGAAUGUCCCUCGGUCGAGAACUUUCUGUACCAAAACCAUGUGGCGACCACUUCAUCGUCGUCGCCGCCUCAGAUGGUGUCUCGCGGCACAAGCAGCAACUCGAACGUCAGCAACGUGCACAUAGCGAAUAAUCAAAAAACGCCUUACUCCGUCGUGAACAUCGACUCGUCCUCUCUGGGUCCACUAUCCACUCAGGCAUCCAGGAAGGUCUGCGAGGCCUACGACGAUCCGAAGGACGUGUCCUUUGACCACGAUGAGAACAAGUAUCAGCGGAAAUCUGCGAUAGAGUGGAUUCUCAGAUGGUGGAAAUUGAUAUCGACUAAAGCACCGGUACGACGGCGGAUCGCGAGUUCCUUGUACAAGAGAUACACCUUGAUGGCCGUCGUAGUUGUUUUAUUUUUGGUCGGGCUUAUACUGCUCUGUUCCUGGUUAGGCAGAAUGACGACAGACGGUGAUCCGAGCUUCGACGUAUUGGCAAAUCCCAAUCUGAAGUUCGGCGAAAAGUCUGUGGUUUAAUAUAUCACGAGCGACGAAACGGAUGGGAAACUUUCGGUGAAAGUGGUGUAAUAUUCGCGAGGCGCACGUAUGUUAUUAAUUUGUGUGAAAGAACAAAAAAAACUCGCGGACGAACUCACAUUUAGUGUAAGGCGCAUUUGUUAAUUUUUAUGUAAAGUAAAUAUAUAUAUAUGUAUAUGUAUGUAUGUAUAAUA